GGUUGUGAGCAGAGUCUUCACUGCAUGUUGCAGUUUGAAGGCUUUGGACAAAGCCCUUCAUAUUUUUCUUGUGGCCAUGCUGAUAAAAUGUAAGCUAGAUGCUGUUACGUAUAUGGGCCAUACCCAAAGAAUGCUCACUGAGGGUUAACCACCACCAAGUGCCUUGUUAAAACUGAUGCCUGAGAGAAGUGGAAGGCAGGGGAGGAGGAAGGCUGUUAAUCUAGAGACAAUUUACAGCUGUGUGUUAUCUAUGAAGCCCAAGGUCAGCUGUCCCUUCCCAGGAUGGUACACCAAUUGGAAGAAACCUGGUACAGCUGUGCUAGGAGGGUGGGGGAAGAGUGAAGCAAGUUAAGUUACUUUCGGAGCCGUUACUCCUUUCUCGAAGGCUCUGCAUAAUUUAGAAUUUGAUUGGUGGACUGGGAUCCAAAGAUCUAAAAUGGGGAAAGGAGCCUAAAAAAGGCUCAGAACAAUAGAGCAGUCAACCUGGUUUCUCUCAGGAGAAUGUUAUGCUCACCAGUUAUUCUGCUGCACUUUGCUUAUGCUCUGGAACUAUGUCAUUGCAUAAAUAUCUCCCAGCUUCCCAGAAAUCAUGUCAGUAGGAUCACAUUCAUUCUCCCCAGGAGGCCCCAAUGGGAUUAUCAGAAGUCAGUCCUUUGCUGGUUUCAGUGGUCUUCAGGAAAGGAGAUCAAGGUGUAACUCCUUUAUUGAAAACUCCUCUGCACUGAAGAAACCCCAGGCAAAAGUGAAGAAAAUGCACAAUUUGGGACCCAAGAGCAACAGCACUUCUAAGGAGCCUCAGCCUGAAAGGAUGGAAGAAGUUUACAAGGCCCUAAAGAAUGGACUGGAUGAAUAUCUUGAAGUGCAUCAGACAGAGCUGGAGAAGUUAACUGCUCAAUUAAAGGAUAUGAAACGAAACUCACGACUGGGAGUGCUGUAUGAUCUAGAUAAGCAAAUGAAAGCAAUUGAAAGAUAUAUGAGAAAGCUGGAGUUCCACAUCAGCAAGGUAGAUGAAGUCUUCGAAGCCUAUUGUAUCCAAAGACGACUCCGUGAUGGUGCAAGCAAAAUGAAACAUGCAUUUGGAUUGUCCCCUGCUAGCAAGGCAGCUCGGGAGAGUCUGUCGGAAAUUAACAAAAGCUACAAGGAAUAUACAGAGAAUAUGUGUACUAUUGAAGGAGAGAUGGAAAAUCUAAUGGGGGAGUUCUGCAUCAAGAUGAAAGGUCUAGCUGGCUUUGCUCGACUUUGCCCUGGAGACCAGUAUGAGAUUUUCAUGCGAUAUGGUCGUCAGAGAUGGAAGCUGAAAGGCAAAAUUGAAGUCAACGGGAAGCAGAGUUGGGAUGGAGAAGAAAUGGUCUUCCUCCCUCUUGUUGUUGGACUGAUCUCCAUUAAGGUCACUGAACUGAAAGGCCUUGCUACUCAUAUUCUGGUGGGAAGUGUCACCUGUGAAACAAAAGACUUGUUUGCUGCUCAGCCUCAGGUCGUAGCUGUGGACAUCAAUGACCUUGGCACAAUAAAGCUGAAUCUGGAAAUCACUUGGCACCCAUUUGAUGUUGAGGACGUGACCCCAUCUACAGGCAGCACAAACAAAGCAUCUGCUCUCCAGAGGAGAAUGUCCAUGUAUAGUCAAGGUACUCCAGAAACACCAACCUUCAAGGACCACUCAUUCUUUUCAAAUUUAGCUGAUGAUGUCUUUGAAAAUGGCACAACAGAAAAUGAGAAAAGGCCACUGUCUUUCAGCUUCAGUGGUAUUCCCAAUGGAGAUUGCACCUUAUCUUCCAGCUCUGUAGGCUCCUCAUCCACCGUAGAUACUUCUAACCCUGAAAUUACUGUCACGCCUCCGGAACACCAUGGGCAACGGUUAUCAAAAACGCACCUUGUGGACAAUAUCAGUACCAGCUCUAUAGACUCCACUCCCGAAUCCACAGAUGCAAAGCCACAAGGGCGUGUGUUAGACAAUGCAGAAAAGAAGACUUCAGUUCUGGAUUCUGAAGUUUGCCAAAGGUCUCCACAUCCAAGAAGAGACAAUGGCCUCUUCUUAGAUAACAGUGCCCCUGUGUCUCUUCUUCAGGACCCAGAAGAAUUAUCAGAGCUCAAGCCAGUGGAGCUGGAUACUUUUGAAGGCAACAUCACUAAGCAGCUGGUUAAAAGACUUACGUCAGGGGAAGGCCCAGUGACACCUGAGAAGCUGCAUUGUGAGGGGUCAAUAAGUGGUGAAUCUGAAGGCUACAAAUCCUGUGUAGAAGGAAGCCUAGAAGAAGCAUUUCAGGGACUUAUUCUAGCCCUUGAGCCUCAUAAAGAACAGUUUAAAGAAUUCCAGGAUUUGGACCAAGAAGUAACACAUCUAGAUGAAAUAUUAAAAUGCAGACCAACAGCAAAUCACAGCAGGUCAUCUAGUUUAAGCCUCACAGUUGAGAGUGCACUGGAAAGCUUUGAUUUCCUCAACACCUCUGACUUUGAGGAUGAUGGCGGUACUGAUGAGCUCUGCAGUAGUGGUCGAGGUGCUGACUCUGUAUUCUCAGAUACUGAGGUUGAGAAACACAGCAUGAACAGUUACAGGUCAGAACACCCAGAAGCCAGAGGGCAUCUCAGCGAAGCGUUGACAGAAGACACAGGAGUUGGUACCAGUGUAGCUGGAAGCCCUCUGCCGUUGACAACUGGGAAUGAUAGCCUGGAUAUCACCAUCGUCAAGCAUUUGCAGUACUGCACGCAGCUUAUUCAGCAAAUUGUAUUCUCCAACAAAACCCAAUUUGUUACAAGAUACCUUUUGGACAAGCUAUCCCAGCAGAUUCUAGUGAUUAAGAGUCUUGCAGAGAUCAGCAGUGAAAAUAUGGGAAGCAUCAGACCUGUAAAUGAAGCAAUUCCAGAAUUUCAGAAAAAGAUAUCUUUGCUCUCAUUCUGGAAUAAAUGCACCAGUUCCCCUGGUGUAUAUCACACCUCUGCAGACAAGAUGAUCAAGCAGUUGGACGUUGCUUUUGCUACAGCUGUGAACAAUGAGUGUGCAGGACUCUCGGAAACAGUGUUCAAAACUUUGGUUUCCCAUAUUGUGGACCGUGCCGAGCCUGUCCUCUCCUCCAGUCUGUCUUUGGAAGUUAUAACAGUUUUUCAGUAUUACAAUUAUUUUGCCAGUAAAAAUGUCAGUGAUCUGGUGAAUUACUUGCUUCAGCUUGCAAGAGAAGCUUUAAUGGUGCAGACUCUACAAUCUUUAGGAGAUGAAAAGUUCCUGCAGAAUAAAGCUGCCUUAACCUCCCUCAGCCUCCUCCCUCAGCAAGAAACAUUGAAAUCUUUGGCUCUCCUCCUUCUGACUGAAAACAGAAGAGAGAUCCAUGAGGCUGUGGUAGCCAUAUUGUCAGCUGCAGCAGCAGAAGACAAACACUUCAGGGAAAAGGCUUUAGUUUAUUACUGUGAAAUCCUGGCACAGCCCAACCUCCACCUACAGAAGGCUGCUUGCCUGGCACUGAAAUGCCUCCAGGCAACUGAAAGUAUUAAAAUGCUGGCUACGCUUUGCCAGUCUGACAAUGAAGAGAUCAGGAAGGUAGCCUCUGAAACCCUUCUUUCUCUCGGAGAAGAUGGACGGCUGGCAUAUGAGCAACUAGAUAAAUUCCCCCGUGAAUUGACUAAAGUUGGUGGACGACGUGCAACUGAAGUGGCCACAGCCUUUUAAAUGUUUUAGCCAGUACAGUAUUAACAUGUAGCCACAUUGGCUGGCCUUCUUAAUCAUUAUGGUGCUGUAGUUGAACUGGAAGAAUGAAAACCACUCUUUUGAAAUAUGUGCUGAAACUUUUCGAAAAUAAUUAUUAUAUGGAGGGUAUUGUUUGUGAGCUAUCAGCUUUCCCCUGUAGCUUAUAGUGAAUCUGUCAAAGGUUGUGAUUAUUUGCUUUGAGUGAAACUAUGUGACUGCUGUAAAUCAGCUUCACCAACCAUGAGAGAAGAUUUUAAAUCAUCCUUCAAGCAUUUUUAUGGAAUCGAGUGUAUUUUUGUGAGCAUUA